AUGUCAGAUAAUUUCCAAUGUGCACCUUUAUUUGGGACAGAAUGUGCUCUAAGACCCUCUGUGCCUGUUCUAAGGAAUUCCACCCCCUCAGCAGGAAGUGUGUGCAACUUCUCCAGGGUCUCUGCCUCAGCUGUGAGAUCUGCAUGGCUCCUGCCAUCAGACCCCAGCACUUGUUGCCAGCAGCUCAUGGACAGUGCCUCCCUUUCCCAACGAGCUGGCACAACAAUGCUGACUGCACUGACUGACCAGAGCCAGAUCUCUACACUGGCAAACUCCUAUCCAGGUGCUCUCCUAUGGGAUCUCACAAGAAGCACUGACAGGAAGGACUUCACUGGAACUAUCAUUGACCAGAGCACCACACUCUCCUCCUGGUCCAUGAGAGCCCAGUGUGAUAAUAUUUUAGAUCUCAAUGCUUUAGGCUCUUCCUGCCCAACAGUGUCUGCCAGCUUUCUCCAGGCAACACUGCCAAAUGUACAGAAUAAAGGGUACAGCCUGACACCUUCCCACCUGGCAGGCAUCCAGGUUGCCUACUAUGACCACAACUGACUGGGAACCCAGAUACCUGUGGAAAUCAAAUGGUGCCUGCAGGACAAUGAUGCUGUGUCCCACUCUGGAACUCAGCCCUCUGCCCUGCAACCAGAUACACUGAUAGUUUCCAAGGAGACUCAGUCAAGGAAUGUCCCAUCACCAAUCUCUACCUCUGCCAUCUCUAAUCCCAGGUCUGCUCGAGCCAUGCCAUACACCAGUCUUCAAGGUUUGUACAGUCAGGAGACCAAGGAGUAUGAUCUUUCAGUAGCUCCAAGCCUGGAACAAACAUGGAAUAACAAUAUGGAUGAGAUGACUGCUGACCCAUCCAUGCCUAGGAAGACCUAUGAGUACAUUAAAGAAAUCCAAGAUGCACCACUCCUCCCUCUAGCACAGCCCGGCAUGCAUCAGCCCCUGAACUACUCUGAUGAUGGCAGCCUUAGAGUGAAGUUAGCUUCUGAUACUUCCACCUUGAGAAUCACUAGCCUUGGUCUGGGAGAGAGAGGGAAUCGGCAGAGUGUCAUGGUGUCCAGCAUUGAUUUUGAAGACAUGACCACACUUGUGUCAGACAUUCACCUCCCUCAACUCUUAAACUCAGUCACUGACCUAGUCCAAUUGGAAGAUCCCUCAGCAACACAAUCGAAAGACUUCAGAGUCUUCAGGAGGGAUGAUGCUCAGGAAAGCUCCAGCAGGAGAAUCUUCACAUACAAAGAGGUGAAUAAGAAAGAACAGGAAGCCUCUGAUGUGCUUCAUGGAGCUCCUCAGCACAGAAUCCAGUGCCAGGUCCUGUUGGAGGGAGAAGAGGCUGGCACAGAGCCAGACAAGACCAAGAAGAUCAGAGACAACCAAAGCAAGAAAACUGGAGAUCUGAAGCCAUCUUGUCCCAGAGUCAAGGUAGAAGACAAGCUCAGCAUCCCCAAGACCAAGAGGAAGAGGAAUCCACCUGAGCUCAGGCAGGACAGCUUUAAAAAGGCUCGAACUCACCUCGGCAUGCACAUGCUGGAGGCCGUCCAGGUCUUUCACCCAUUGGGAAAGAAGAAUGACAAGAAAACAGGCAUCUCCUGCUUUGAGUCUCUGCCAAACUUCGGCAGCAACCAAGAUGCCAGGACAGGCCCGGCCACCACAUCACUGCUAGAUGUGCCAUGUGAUGUUCCAAGGCCUGCUAACCCAGGGAAUGCUCAGAGACCAGAAAGCAGUGCUCCCAAGGAGUGUCUACCUCCCUCCCUGUGUAAGCUGCCCCCACCUGGAAAGGUCAAGUUAGUACCUCUCCCCUUCCCAGACCUGGGCAAGCCUAAAGCCAGACCUUUUUCCAGAAAGCUUCUCUCCCUGACUUCAGGCAAGCACACUGCAGCUUAUGCUGUGAGACGACAUUCCCACUUGGCUCUGUCUAUCACACUCAAUUCAUCCCAAGCAGCUCCUGCCAGCAAAUCCUUGACAGCCUCUGAGAAGACAACAGUGCCGACUUCCACCAGUGCCAGAAAACAUAACAUAACCAACAGCUUCUAUUCUUGCACAAGGCCUCGGCCAGCUGUCUCUGGGCCUGACCCCUACAGAGCAUCAGCUCAUCCAUCACUCCUGAGGGAUCUUGUCUCUGCUGCCAGCUACAAGGCCCCAUCACCUCCCAAACCUCAAACCCAAUAUCAGCUGCAAGAUUUCAGCCACCAACCACUUCCAUGGAUGAAAGUCGACAUUCCAGGUCCAGGCCUCUCACAUCCCAUCACAGCAGAGAAGAGGCCAGAGAGGAAGGCCAUGAAAAGCUGGGCCCAAUGGGAGCGAUAG